CCCCCCCCCCAAUAUACCGAAAUGCCCAUUGAAAACACCGAAAUGCCCUUUAAAUGUUCAUUUGUUAUUCUUUAUGUUUCCGGCAAUGAAUAUGACUAUAUAUGAAAUAAUUACGUUUUUCACAUGUAAACACAUUUGAGUGAAGAACAAUAUAUACGGUGAAUUGUUCAAGAAAAAAUAUAUAAUCAAACCUAUUGUUUUGGUUUAGUGUUUUUACAAGAAAAUGAUUAAUAAAAGAUAAAUUUAACAAAAUUUUAAAGGAAAAAAAAAUGUAUAAUAACAUUAAAGAAAUGGAAGAAUUAUUGUCCUAGGAUUUCAUUUGUCCUCUUUAACCAUGGGCACUAUCUAAUAUUUCUCAUAUUUUGGAAUGUAAUGAGUUACAAAGUUGUAUAUUAGGUGUCCUGAAAUACAUCUUUAAUGAUUGAAAAUUGAGAAUUUUUUAAUGGCAUUUCGGUGUUUUCAUCGGGCAUUUCGGUAAAUCGCGGGCAUUUUGGUAAUUCUAUAUACCUAGUUGUGACUUCCACAAAAUAAAAAAAAUUGUAUGCAUUACUACUUAACAUUCGCCAACCACGAAAUCAAGUCCUAAUAUAAACGUCAAACUGUUGUUUUAAAAAAGUCAUAAUUGGAAUCUACAACGUAUAGAUACAGAUGUACAGAAAGCAAUAUUUUAUCAUCCCUAAACCUCGAGAAUUUAACCCGCGAGAAUAUGUGAUUUUACAGUAGGGUCAUAAAUACAGCAAAUAAGUUCUUUGUCAGUGAAUUAAAAAUAGGUAUGAAUUGUUUAAUUGAUUUUAUAAUAAGAAUUAACAGUUUUAAUCAAAAAAAAUUUUUUUGCCAAAUAUUUUAAAUUUUUUUUUCAGGGGAAAUAUGGAAAAGUUUGAGUUUCUGUCUAUUUUUGUUUACUUUUUAUUGAAUUUAGUAUUGCGUGUCGCUUGUGUUUUCUUCAAGUUCCCUGUCCUAUUUUACACUUCCCUGGUUAUUGACAUCCUUUUACUGUUUUGUUUUGGAGUUUACGUGUCAAUUUUGUACUGCCAAAGGGAAUCUGAAGAUGCCAGCUCAAACAAGGAAGAGGAAGAAAGAAAGUAGAAAGACUGAAGAAGUUACUUAUGUAAAAGGCCAAAUUGUAUACUGUUACUGGAAGGGAAUAUGGUGGCCAGGUGCUGUGCAGAGUGUUUUGAAAAACGAUGUGUACCAAAUUUCCUUUUGGAAAGAGGAGGAAAGAAAAAAUAAAGAGGCAGGCUGAUCUGAAAAAUAAAUACAUGGAAGAUGUAGAAUAUGCUAAAUCUUUGAGUAAAAACAAACCGGCACCAUCCCAUACCUUGAGUUCACAGAGCCCUUCAGCUUGUGAAGAGGUACCUACCACAAGUGAUAAGCCGGAACAAGAGAGGACACCACCCCACACCUUGAGUUCACAGAGCCCUUCAGCUUCAUGUGAAGAGAAGCCUACCACUAGUGAUAAGCCGGAAGAAGAGAGGGUACCACCUCACACCUUGAGUUUACUGAGCGGUCCAGCUUCAUGUGAAGAGGUGCAUACCACAAAUGUUCAGCCGGAACAAGAGAGGUUACCACCCCACACCUUGAGUUUGCAGAACCCUCCAGCUUCAUGUGAAGAGAAGCCUACCACAAGUUAUAAGCCGGAACAAGAGAGGGUACCACCCAAUACCUUGACUUUACAGAGCCCUUCAGCUUCAUGUGAAGAGAAGCCUACCACAAGUGAUAAGCCAGAACAAGAGAGGGCACCACCCUACACCUUGAGUUUACAGAACCCUCCAGCUUCAUGUGAAGAGGUGCCUACCACACGUGAUAAGCCGGAACAAGAGAGAACACCUACCCACACCUUUAGUUCACAGAACCCUCCAGCUUCAUUCGAAGAGGAGCCUACCACUAGUGAUAAGCCAGAACAAGAGAGGGCACCACCCCAUACCUUGAGUUCACAGAGCCCUUCAGCUUCAUGUGAAGAGAAGCCUAUUACAAGUGAUAAGCCAGGACAAGAGAGGGCACUAUCCCAUACCUUGAGUUCACAGAGCCCUUCAGCUUCAUUCGAAGAGGAGCCUACCACUAGUGAUAAGCCAGAACAAGAGAGGGCACCACCCCAUACCUUGAGUUCACAGAGCCCUUCAGCUUCAUGUGAAGAGAAGCCUAUUACAAGUGAUAAGCCAGAACAAGAGAGGGCACCACCCCAUACCUUGACUUUACAGAGCAGUCCAGCUUCAUGUGAAGAGGUGCCUACCAUAAGUUAUAAGCCGCAACAAGAGAAAACACCACCUUACACCUUAAGUUUACAGAGCGGUCCAGCUUCAUGUGAAGAAGUGCCUUUCACAAGUGUUCAGCUGGAACAAGAGAGGGCACCACCCUACACCUUGAGUUUGCAGAGCAGUCCAGCUUCAUGUGAAGAGGUGCCUACCACAAGUGAUAAGCCAGAACAAGAGAGGUUACCACCCCAUUCCUUGAGUUUACAGAGCGGUCCAGCUUCAUGUGUAGAGAAGCCUAUCACAAGUGAUAAGCCGGGACAAGAGAGGGCACCACCCCAUACCUUGAGAUCACAGAGUCCUUCAGCUUCAUGUGAAGAGGAGCCUACCACUAGUGAUAAGCCAGGACAAGAGAGAGCACCACCCCUUACCUUGAGUUUACAGAGCAGUCCAGCUUCACAUGAAGAGGUGCCUACCACUAGUGAUAAGCCGGAACAAGAGAGGGUACCACCCCAUACCUUGAGUUUACAGAGCGGUCCAGCUUCAUGUGAAGAGGUGCCUACCACAAAUGUUCAGCCAGAACAAGAGAGGUUACCACCCCAUACCUUGACUUUACAGAGCGGUCCAGCUUCAUGUGAAGAGGUGCCUUCCACAAAUGUUCAGCCAGAACAAGAGAGGUUACCACCCCAUACCUUGACUUUGCAGAGCGGUCCAGCUUCAUGUGAAGAGGUGCCUACCACAAGUGAUAGGCCGGAACAAGAGAGGUUACCACCCAACACAUUGAGUUUACAGAGUGGUCCAGCUUCAUGUGAAGAGGUGCCUACCACAAGUGAUAGGCCAGAACAAGAGAGGUUACCACCCCACACCUUGAGUUUGCAGAACCCUCCAGCUUCAUGUGAAGAGGAGCCUACCACUAGUGAUAAGCCAGAACAAGAGAGGGCACCACCCCUUACCUUGAGUUUACAGAAUCCUCUAGCUUUAUGUGAAGACAAUACCAUUACUGGUGAACAGUCCCUUGAGUCUUUAUUACCAACUUCAUCUACUUUCUCUGCUAGAGAUGAAAAGUUACUUAAAGACCUCAUGGAAUACAUUAAUUUUAGCAGUGAUGAGGAUGAUGAUUGGAUUGAUGAAAUGGAUUUGGAUUCAGAGUUUAUUCCUUCAGAGUCAGAGGAAGAAGAGAGUACUUCUGAUGAGGAUAUAUCAUCCUCCACCUGUGUUAAAGGUGUUAAGAGAAAGAGUUUUGAAGAUGAUGUGCUUAUUUCAUCUACAACAAAUAAGGGCAUUGACCAGGAUCUUGUAGAGAAUUCUGACAGUGAUGUGUCUGACGAGAUCCCUUACCUUCCACCAUUAGGUCUAUUAUGUAACCCACAGUCCACUGAAAGUGAUGCAUCUUCUUUGGAGUCUGAUAGUGACAUAGACAUUGUUGAGGAGGAAAUUAUCAGAGAUAUUACUUAUCCCUCAAUCUUUAUUAGAAAAAUCAUCACUUCAAAAACAACAAAAUCUGGAAAAUUCAAAAAAUCUGACCGUGUUUAUAAUACUAGACACUUCUGCCCAUUUUGUUACAAGUCAGUAUCACAUUUAAUACAACAUUUGAAUUCAAAAGCACAUAGUAAGGAGCCAGAAGUAGUUAAUCUCAAAACCCUAAUUGGUAAAGAACGCCAGAGGAAUAUCUCAAUGUUGAGAAAUAAAGGUGAUCAUCUGCAAAAUGAAAAAGCAAUAUCAAAGAAACGAGGGGAGAUAGUUCUUGCAAGAAGAAUAGGAUCGAAUGAAAAACUCAACAUUUCAAACUAUGGCCCAUGUCCUUUAUGCUUGGAGUGGCUUAAGCUAGAUGUUUUAUACAGACACCAAAAGAAAUGCUGCGGCUUAUCAGCUGAUUCAGGUCAACCGAGCUCAUUUAUCUCCAAGGGUAACAUCAUGGUACAGAGUGCAAUGAUUGCUGGGAGGCUUAAAGAAACUGCAUGUAAAGCACUUGUUAAUGAAGUUUUCCCUAUUAUGCAAGAUGAUAAAAUUGGGCAUGAAGCUAAAAAUGACAGUCUGAUUGUUGCACUUGGGAAUCACUGGCAUAAACGGAAUGUAGGAAACAAAUUAAUGCGUAAACAUUAUGUAUCAGCAGUAAUGAGACUAACAAGUCGUCUCCUGAUUGAAAUUAGAAAGUUAACUGAAUCAGAGCAAAGAUUGGAGUUUUACCUGCAACCAAAAUAUUUUUCAGAGGUAGCACAUGCAGCUUUGAAAGUAGCUAAACAGGAUGAUGACAACGAUGACAAUUUACAGGCCCCUUCAAAUGCCAUUAAACUGGGUUAUCAUUUGAAGAGAUUGUGUAACUUGAAACUGGGCUUAGCAAUUAGACAUGGAAAUGAUGACCAAAGAAGAGCAUCUAAAAACUUUUUGAAGCUUAUGGAGUUAGAAUGGUGUUCAAAACUUGCUAGAGUCAAUCUCGAAGAAAGAAGAAGAAAUAAGAAAGUUGAACUUCCUCUACCUUCAGAUGUGAAAAAGCUUGCAGAUUACUUGAAGGUUGAAAUAGAAUCAUUCGACAAAGGAAACCUCACUUAUGAGAAUUUCAAAAAGGGGUCGACACUGACUGAGGCAGUACUUAUUACCUAUAACCGACGGCGUCCAGGGGAAAUUCAAGCAAUGAGGUUGGUUGAUUACCACAACAGGAAGACUGGAAUAGAUCCUGGUGUUGGAGAAGAAAUAGUGAAAUCACUGUCAGAAUUUGAAAGAAAACUUGUAGAAGAACAAGAUGUGAUUGAAAUAAGGGGAAAGUGUGGAAAAUGUGUACCAGUGAUCAUUCCUAAGCAUGUACGGGGGAUUCUGGCACAUCUAUGUAAUCAACGUGUAAGAGCAGCUGCAGGAAUACCAAGCUCAAGUGUCCAUAUCUUUGCAACAAACAGGGCAGGUGUUUUUAGGGGAUAUGAUUCUGUACAAUUUGUGACACAGAAUGCUGAUCUUCAAUUUCCGGAACGCAUAAGAGGAACAAACAUGAGACGUCUCAUGGCAACUUUAUGCCAGGCCUUGGAUGUGACACCACAGCAGCAAAAGUGGAUCAUCGAUCACAUGGGCCAUACUCUAGAUGUGCACAACAUUCACUAUAGAUGUACAUCAGAUAUCAUAGAGAGAUCAGACAUUGCAAAAUUAUUAAUGCUCAUGGACAGGAAGCAGGUUGGAUAUUUCAAAAAUAAAAGAUUGGAAGAAAUUAGCUUGGAAGAAUUAAUUGAAGAACCAGACGAAACAAAUGAUGUUGAUGAGAAUGAUGACAGAUUCUUGGACAGAGAUGAAGUGUUCAUCCCAAACCUGUUAGAAGAUGAAGAGGAAGAAAUUCUAGUCAAGACAAGCAAGAAGAAAAAGGCCAGUUUUACGAGGAAGAAAUGGACAGUAGCAGAAGAAGAAGAAAUAAAGAAGAGGUUUGCAGGUUUUCUUGCCCAGGACAAGUGUCCUAGGCAAAAAGACGUUGAGAAAGUGAUGGCCCAAAGCAAGAAAUAUGGGGGUCUACUGCAUACAAGACCAAGGGACAACAUUAAGAAGAAAGUCAGUUGUAUGCUGGUUAAAGCUAGAAAAAAUAAUAAUGAUUUGUAAUGACAUAAUUGAAUCAUUCCGAAAAAUGCCUCAUAUUGCAAGUGAAUAGAGUUUUAAGAGCUAUUAUAUACUAAUAUACUAAGAUACUUAAAACUUAUUUGUUUUUUUUGUUACCAAAAGUUAAGGUCAUUGUAUAUUCAUUUUUCAAGGGUUGUAUUAGAUUUUUUGUAAAAACGAAAGAAGUCUAUCUAGACUUUAAUUGACAAAAAUAACUGGAAGUUACAAUUCAAUAUUAGCAUUAAAAAAUCGAUAAUAAAGUCCCCAUUAUUUCAAGUACAUGUAAAAUGCGAAACAUAGUUAGUUUGAUAUGUUUUGUUAAAUUAAUGAUCAAUUGUUUUGACCCACCUUUUAGUAUGAUCACCUACAAGUACAAACUAACUUUCGCUAAUAUUAGAAAUAGAGAAAGUCCACUUUUCCUUUCAAUUCAACAUGGAUGAAAAUAUAGUGAAUAUUUUUUUUUCACUUUUUGUUGACCAGUUGACUACUUGAUUUUUUACUUUUGCUCACUGAUUCCUGAAGUUAGUAGCACUGGUGAUGAUUAUUGCACAUCCUGUUCAUUACAUAUUUUUGCUGUGUAGGUUUUGUACAUGUACAAAAGCAUCAUUUCUGAAAGAUGGUAUUAUUAAAUGUGAAAGUGAUGUUUAUCACAAGUUUUAAAAUAUUUCAUCUUAACUUUUUGUCUUGCACUUUCUUUUGUCAGAUAAUUGAAUUUUUUCAAUUGUCUAUAUUUAGAAUAAUACAACGAAAACUUGGUUUAAGGUAAUUCAAGGAAAUACCCUUACAUAAGGGCUUUAAAAAUAGAUUUUUUUUUAAGAAUUAGGCUGUGGAAUAGUUGAUAGAAAGCAGUGCAGUAUUGCCACAUGUACACUUUUUUUCAUGUGUUCAUGACUUUCCUUUUCAUGUGCUCUCUUAAAAAGAUGUUACAUUAUCUGCUGUCACCACUUGAAACAUGUUCAAUUUAUGCUACAUUUAUUGAUGUUUUGGGAAGAAAAUUUUGUUUAUAGAUUAGAACGAGAGUACACAAAUAUUUUAUUCAAUAAUUGGUUUAAAUAUUAAAGAUGUGAAUAAUGGUUGAAAAGAGUAUUUACUAAAAAAAAACCUGUGGUCUUUGUAGACCUUGAUAAUGUAACCCUUUAAAUAUUUUAUUUUUUAACCAAAGAACAGUUUUUCUGUAAUAAUGAUUAAUGUUCAAUGUGCUUUCAUCAAAGGCAUGAGAAAGUGUUAAGCUCAUUGUGUUACAUGUAUGCUUGCAUGCAUUAUUUGUAGAGAUAUACAUUUAACUAUUAAAUUAUGUGAAAAUUA